AUGCCCAAGCUUUCCCCCAGCAUGACGCGAGCCACCGUGACCAAGUGGCUCAAGGCGGAAGGGGACGAGAUCAACGAGUACGACGCCAUCUUGGAGCUCAGCACGGACUCGCUCUACGCCCCAGGGGACGCGCCGGUGGAGGGGAGCACGGUCGACAUGGUCGUCGAGCUCGCAGAGUGCGGCUUCGUGGGGAAGCUUUUCGUUGCGGAGGGGGACACCGUAGAGGUGGGGCAAGCGGUGAUGGCGAUGUGCGAAGAAGAGGAGAACGUACGGGCGCUGAGCGGGGCCACAAGCCCCUCGGUUGAUUGCUACAGCGGGGCCGGCGAGGGCUUUAGAAUAGCAACGUACCAGGGCUACCUCAAUCACAAGACGGAGUAGGAUGUGCAUGUGUGCAUUAAUAGCAAACAGAGCCAUGCUAUGUAGCUGUGCAGAGGACGAUUUCUCGGCCCGAUAGAGCCAAUCAGGUUACCGUUGGUAAGGUCAGCAGGUCAGCGGAGUAUAUUCCUUGUGGGAUCUAGUCUACCAAAAGGAGAAAAGGGCAUAGCAGUGUUGCAACGGUAAUGACUCUUGUGCGGACUGAUGCGCUGAUUUGGCCAACUGAACAUGUACGAGUUGACACCACGAGAGUUCUCAUGGCUUUUGAGCGUGCAUGUGCAUUUUGUUUUAUCCUUGCCAGUUGUUCUACUCGGCCUCAGGCUUUCGAUUUGUGGAAGUUGCCGAAAUCACACACGACACGUGCCGAACCGUAGUUCACACGCGAAUGACGCGGACACACGCACACAUCUUUCGGCGUGCGGUGCGUAUUUUGGAGCUCGGGUGGAGGCGCAUUCCAAGCUCUUGAUAAAACCAUACCAA